ACUAUAAGUGAAUUGAAGCCUAUACUUGCGAGUGUUAUUUUCUAAAAACCUGCAAAGCAAUGAGCAGGUGGAUAUGACGUCACGCUUGGAAGAUCAAAACAAAAACAACCAAACAUCCGCGAUUCUUCCCCGGUUUUUUACCUCCUUUCUUUUCUCCGCGUGUUAAAAAUCUAAUAAUAAGGAAGACGACAGAGGCUACCGAAGCUCUCCCUGGGACACGGGCAGGAAUCGUGAAUUAGACUCCACGCCGGGCUGCUUUUUGGACGGGGCAUCAUGAAGAGGAAGUGAUGUGCACAGCUCUGGGAAGACUCUAAAGCCACAAGUGAAAGCCUCUGACGUCACAGCUGUCUGUGGCCUCUCUGAAACCCUGCUGGCCACACCCUCAGGACUACAAGCUGAAGUCUGAUUGGAGGAAUGGAGCAGCGGCCCGUCCUGCAUCAGUGAUCAGGGAGACUGCAGCGGUGCCAUCCUGUGGAGCAACACAUCACUGGAGGGAGUGGAGGAAGUUGCUGUGUGUCUGGAGCUGAAGAAGGCUGUAAAUGAGCACGUUCUUGUAGAAGGCUUUUAAGUCAUGAUGCAAGAAUCUAGGACGGAGGCGACGAGCAAUGGACAGGCCAAUCAAAAUGGAGCGUUGGGUGUAGAAGGCGGAUCCAGAGAGGGACGGCCUGACAGCUGCCCGCCAUCAGUAGAGGUGACUACAGCCGACCUCUUGCAUCUCCAGCACCACCAGGCCCUCCAGGUGGCCCGACAGAUCCUCCUCCAGCAACAGCAGCCUCAGUCUCAACCAAACGCAGGCCGUAAAUCCCCCAAGACCAACGACGCUCAGCCCAACAUACAGGUUCCAGUGUCAGUGGCUAUGAUGACACCUCAAGUGAUCACUCCGCAGCAGAUGCAACAGAUCCUCCAGCAGCAGGUCCUGAGCCCACAGCAGCUCCAGGUUCUCCUCCAGCAGCAGCAGGCCCUCAUGUUACAGCAGCAGCAACUUCAAGAGUUUUACAAGAAGCAGCAGGAACAACUCCACCUCCAGCUCCUCCAGCAGCAGCAUGCAGGCACCAAGCCCAACAAAGAGCCGCAGGUGUCGGCCCAGCAGUUGGCCUUCCAGCAGCAACUCCUCCAAGUGCAGCAGGUCCAACAGCAACACCUGCUCAACCUCCAGAGACAGGGCCUCCUGAGCAUCCAGCCGGGCCAGGGCAGCCUGCCUCUGCACCAGCUCACUCAGGGCAUGAUUCCAGCCGAGCUGCAGCAGCUGUGGAAGGAGGUGACGAACACUCAUGUGAAGGAGGAGCACAACAACGGCAACAACAACGGCCACAGGGGGCUGGACUUGUCCUCCCCCACCCCCCCAAAGAACCCCCUGCUCACCCAGCACACCCCCUCCAACGGACAGUACCUGAGUCACAAGAGGGAAGGGUCCACACUAGAAGAGCCCUCUUCUCACAGUCACCCUCUCUAUGGACAUGGCGUCUGCAAGUGGCCUGGCUGUGAGGCGGUCUUUGAUGAUUUCCAGUCAUUCCUAAAGCAUCUCAACAAUGAGCACGCCCUGGACGACCGGAGCACGGCCCAGUGUCGAGUCCAAAUGCAGGUCGUCCAACAGCUGGAGCUCCAGCUGGCGAAAGACAAAGAGCGUCUGCAGGCCAUGAUGACGCACCUUCAUGUCAAGUCCACGGAGCCCAAAGCCGCGCCACAGCCGCUCAACCUGGUGUCCAACAUCACGCUGUCCAAGAGUGCCCCCGAGGCGUCCCCUCCUCUGAGUCUACCGCACACGCCCACCACCCCCACGGCCCCCCUCACCCCUCUGUCCCAAGCACACCCUGUCAUCACCGCCAACAGCCUGCACAGUGUGGGGCCUAUGCGAAGACGCUACUCUGACAAAUACAACAUGCCCAUCUCUCCAGAUCUCAGCCAAAACAAAGAAUUUUACAUGAAUGCAGAUGUUAGACCUCCAUUCACAUAUGCCUCACUAAUAAGACAGGCGAUCCUGGACUCUCCAGAAAAGCAGCUAACACUAAAUGAAAUCUACAACUGGUUCACACGAAUGUUUGCAUAUUUCAGACGCAAUGCUGCAACGUGGAAGAAUGCAGUCCGGCAUAAUCUUAGUCUUCACAAGUGUUUUGUCCGAGUAGAAAACGUAAAAGGGGCUGUGUGGACAGUGGACGAAAUAGAGUUCCAAAAGAGACGGCCUCAAAAGAUCAGUGGAAGUCCGGCCUUAGUGAAGAACAUCCAGACUAGUUUGGGCUAUGGUCCGACUCUUUCUGCUGCCUUCCAGGCUUCAAUGGCAGAAAACAACAUACCUCUAUACACUACUGCUUCCAUUGGAAGUCCCACCCUCAACUCCCUGGCCAACGCCAUCCGUGAGGAGAUGAACGGAGCGCUGGACCAUGGCAACAGCAACGGCAGUGACAGCAGCCCGGGACGCUCGCCCCUGCCAGCUAUGCACCACAUCAGCGUUAAGGAGGAACCACUGGACCCUGAUGACCACGAAGGCCCGUUGUCCCUAGUAACGACUGCCAACCACAGUCCGGACUUCGACCACCACAGGGACUACGAUGAUGAGCCAGGACACGAGGACAUGCUGUAGGCACCUGCCGUCUGUCUCACCUGCCCAGGACACUGUAUCAGAGCAGGGCAAAAGCAGAACUGCAGUUUCCAAAAAACUUUUUGUGCCAUUAGAGAGACCUAUGACAGCCCUAAGACGGCUUUGUUUUUUGAUUACUUUCUAUGUUUUUAUUUUCUACACAUGGACAUAUUUUGGUACGGGCAGUUUUGGUGGUCAGAAUUGCCCCAUGUGACGUUGCCCCUCUUGCCAUGCAGCCAAAGAUGGACUGCUGCACCGCUGGACUGCAAAGGGGUGUCACGUCUCCCCCUCCUUUUCUCUCUCUCUCUCUUUCUCUCUAUCUUUCGCUCAAGAGAGAAUUGAGUGACAUUUAAUUUACACCAAGAGGGAGAGCAAGUGUGUAUUCAUUGUCACUGCCUUCAACACUUCUCAUUGGUUUGAUUCCAUGUUGGGUGGGUGGGGUGUUUCUUUAUUUCUGGGAGGUUGAUAGAUUAUAAAAGAUAUCAUUUGCGUCUAUUUUCUGUCGUUCAUGCUGUUAUCAAUGUGGCAUCAUUUAUUUUUUUAUUUUUUUUAUUUGUUGUGUUGUCUCUUGAAACGGAUCAGACCUCAUGCCCAAGCUGUGGAGAUUCUGUGGUCAGCACUUGAUAAUGAAUGUUGAUUUCUUUAUCCUUGCUUGUUGUCUUUAAAAAAAAAAAAAAAAAAAACGUAAUCGAAUGUCACGUACCAACUAGUAUUUUCUCGAGUCGUCGCCCUGACACCACCUGCACCUCGCCCUCCCGCUCGCAAAAGUCCGCCGGCGAUGCACUACCCCGUAAUGAAGGCUCUCUCCACGCAUCAAUGAAGUUUAAUUUAAGAUGCCAAUGAAUGACAGAGAAAUCAUGCAGGUUAUGAUUUAUCCUUAUGAAAUUGUACUUUAAAACAGGCCCCCUCCACGGCAGAGCACGUUUAGCCGCAACACAAUUUCUGAUCACCGUCUAAGGCUUUUUAAGAGAAAAAAAAAAAAUCGAAUGAAAACGUCAGGUAUAAUGGUUUAGACCAGCUAAUUGUGAUUCUGAAAACGAACAGUUAAUCAAACUAGUUUCUUCCAUGCUUUGAUGUGACUGGGUCGAGGACGUGCAUUCCCUGUGUGUGAUGUUUUUCAGUUUUGUUUUUUGUUUUGUUUUUUUCAGUUUUUUUACAUCUCAUGCAUGGAUAUUUUGUGUUUUAACUGUACAAAGAUGAAAUACUCAUAUUACUCAUAGUAAAACGCCAAAUACCUGCAAUACGAAAAGACCAGAUUAUUGCACAUUCCAGCCAAAAACCGAGAGUACAGUCUUUUAAAGCUCUGGUCUACUUGUGUACUAAUACUACUGCGUUUUAAUUUUCACAUAAAUGUUAUGUAAGUACAGAAUUAAUUAAAGUAAAAUUAAAAAAUAAAAUGAGUAAAUACAAAAGAAUUAGUACACUUUUAGACCUGGUUUAAGAGUUCUGUUCAUCCAAAAACAAAUCAUGUAUGGGUUACAUCAUAAUCCUAAAAAGACCACAAUACCUAGACUGCAAUCAACCACUUUCCUUAUUUAUUAUUUUGAGUAUUUUUAAUAUUUUUUAUUGUUGAUAUUUUUGGAAUACCUGUGACUACCAAAGAUUAUGUCUGUACUGCAAUAGCAGGUUAGGCCAAAUAUAUCUGGUCCAUUGGAUGUGUCAGUUGCUGUGUGGAGCCAACGAUGAGGUGGUGGAAAGAGCUCCUCAAAUGUUCUCAUUAGUUUUGUUCAAACCAAAAGGCUGAAGGUCUGAUGGGACAGGACAGCUGUACCAAUGUUUGGAGUGACCAAAAGUGAAAAAAGUCUGCUAACAGUUGACAAAACAAAAUUAUGACCAAAUUCCACCAAGUUAUUUUUUAAUCAAUGUCCUUGUAUCUUUAAAAAAUGUUUUGUUGUGGCAGGAAAUAGUUUUUCACACUAGCCUCAAAAGCAGCCCGAAUCAGAAAUAUUGUUUUUGGGGUUUUGCCUGAUGGUUCUGUAUUCAUAAACACAAUAUAUCUCAGAAUGUAUGCAUUACAAACUGUAUUCUAAAUAGUGAUCAGUUCAGUCAGUAAGAUAUUUUGACAAGAUGUUUCCACAAAGUUACCCUUGGGCCAGUUAUUAUUCUGGAGAGUUCAGUUUCAUAUCUUUGUAGUGGGAAUGAAGCCAGCAUUUUAUUUUAUUUUUUUAUGUCAUUUGUCAACUCUAAAAAUGCCCCAGUCCUUUUUUUUACCUAUACAAUUUGAUUCAUCUCUUCUUUUACUGCUUAGGUAAGGACUUGUGAGCAGUGUGCAGAGUGGGGCUGGGGCAGGACCGUGAGAACAGGGGCGAGCUCUCCCCAAACCUCACUCACAUCCCGGGGCAGGAGGCGCUGGUCGAGUCCAAACAUUCUCAGCAUGUGCAGCCUGACAUUACUAAAGAUAACAGCAUGAGAAAACGGUUAGCGUGCAUACCUCAGUUCAAACCUAUAGGGAAUGACUCAAUUAAGCAGAAAAAAGAACAUUUCACUCACUUGCACUUGGCUGUAUGUAUUGCAUGAGUAGUCCAAUUCAGAUCUCAGGCUUUUUGUUGACACGCUGUAUCCUGUCCCACUGGGUUGUUUUGGAGGGUUGUACAUACAUGUCUGCAUUGUCUUCUCCUGUCGUCUCUUCUGUCACUUUUUUAUCUGAAAAUACAUUUGUGUUAUGAUGUUUGCUUAUGCCUUUGUAUUACCUGAAAUAGCUAUGAGAAAACUACUGUAUGUAUUGGAUAUAGCAAACUGUGCUGCAAAUGUAUUUUACUUAGCUAUCUUUAAGCAGACUUGUGGGUGAGCGGGGCUGGGGCAGCUGUAAUAUAGACAGAUUUUCUCUGUUUUCACUGACCGAAGCAUUUUGUAUAGAUUUUCUUUAGUUUGUUUUGAUACUUCCUUUUAAAGGUCCAAGCACUGCCUUCUGUCGGCCGUGUGCUCUAAGUGCGUCUCAGUGAGGAUUGAGACUUCUUGCAUGACUUAUCCCAGGGUCACAGCAGAACGGGGGUUUAAGUGGUCAGUAAUAAUAUAAGGGUGUAACAUUCUACUAUUUUAUAUGAAAUAAAUAGGAAAAUGAAGAAAAAUAUGCAGUGCCAAGAUGUAAAGAAUAUUGUUAAACAUUGUUUUUGUUCUCUUGGAGAGUUCCCUCAUUUAUGCAUCAAAGAUGUUUCAUCCAUGCCACAACUCUAGUACAUAUUUUCUUUCUUUUUGACUUUAGGGUCAUUGUAAAUGAGUCCUAUCAAGCACAGAAAAUUCAGUCGAGCACAGGUCAAAGGUCAAGACAUGGAUGCAUCAUGAGAACUGGAUUUCAUACUCAAAUUAGUGGCUUUUGUCAGACACAAAUAGGAGAAGACACUACAUUCCAAAGAACAUAGAUUUGAAAAAUCUUACAAAAUGCCACGUUUACUGUGACUAUGUAACAAAAUCUCAAGUUGGUCUAAUAAUUUCAAAAUUAUAAUACUGAAAUCUAAAUUCAGAUAUGCUUCAAAGUGAUGUUUCUGGCUUUUUAUCCAGUUCUUAUCAUUUGUAUGUGAUGCAGGGUCACAUGGUGAUAGAGGUGUGUCUGCUGGACCAGAGGCUCCGCCCACACCUCUACUGCACCAGUGACUGUCCAUGGUCCCUCGUUCACAGAGCGGUCCAUAAAGCGGGGGAGGGGUCUGUCACGCCAAUGCAAAUCAUUCUUCCCUUUCUGUUUUUGAAAAUAUACUGUUUCUUUCUGCUGUUUUUUAUUGAGAUUCUGAUGCUCACCUCCAUCUUGAUCAUUCCGGGUGCGUCUGAAGCAGAGCAUUCUAAACAUGCAAUAAAAUGCUGGUUGAUCAGA